CCUGUAUCUGUGCAGGUUGUCCAAGUGCACGACAACCGUUUCUUUCGUCGUCUCGCAUGUGUCGCCCGCGGCACGGGUUCGGAUCGAUAGGUCCAUGAGCGCUUGCCAGUGUCUUUCUUUAGCUCUGUGUCCUCGCCAGAAAGAUUAUCAGCUAUGUCACUGAACGAUUAUUUUACAGCAAAUGGAGCGGUGUAUUUGAGACCCGUCGGCCUGCCGGAUUGCUUCCCACUUCCAGGUCUGCCGCAUGGGUGCAAGCCGCCUCCUUUGACUAUGCAACACCCCUGCAAUACACCACAGAAGCCACGCACGAUGGCUGCCGUGUCCCCUCUGCACCAAGUCGUACCUCCACCUCAGCCUAACAUUCCAUCGUACGAAGGGGGUAACCUGGCCUUCAACGCAACGUCCCGAACAUCGAGCUUUGCGGCAGCUCUCAGGAAACUUGCGAAGCAAGCCGUGGAUCCUGUCUCUGGUGAGAAGGAUUUAUCUCAGAUCUCUCCUGUCUCAUCUCCUGCUCUAAAUCAAGGAUCAUUGACUCCAAAACGGAAUGUUUCAAAUCCUCCACCUCCCCCCAUGUUCCUCAGCAAUCACCAGGUGUCAUAUGCAUCGUCUUCUCCACCGGUUGUGACAAUCGCACCAAGCAGACCGGUGGCAACGCACACAUCGGAUAGUAGAAAGGUAAUGGAUUUAAGUAGUGUACAACAAGUAAACAAUUCAAGCGCACUCAGCAAUGGUCAUCUGCAGGAGCCUCUGGGUGUGAAACUAGACACCUCAAAGGGAGGACCCAGACCAGUUCAUGCAGAUAAAUGGGAAGAAUCUAGUAAAAGCUUAUCCGCAUCUUCAGCUUCGUCUCAAGUGAGGCCCCACGCAACGAUUGCACCAUUACCCAGGCCUGACGAUUCCCUAACGUCUUCAAGAGGCUUUCAACCGUAUCGAGGUACAGAGGAAUCGAGGAAUACCCUUCCUCAUCAUAUUUCAUUAUUUGACCAUCAUCACCCGGCCGCUUCCUACCCAUAUACGCCAGCCUUUUUGCCACCCCCACAUCUCUCGCAUCCCGCCUACAGGUUCGAUGACCCUCUUUACUUGGAACGCUACAGCUUACUUCGUCCUCCUGUGAUGCCUUAUCCCCAGCCUGGCAUGAUGGCUCCGCCAGCCACGUUUUAUCCCAAUAGCCGCUAUGCGGCUGACCUCAUCGCUCAAUCACUGUCCCUUAACUCAGCCAACAGCAGCAUCCUUAAUCACGAAAGACUAAAGCACGAAGAAGAAAGGAGAAUGAGAGAAAAAGAAAUGGAGCUUGAUCAGACACGGAAUAAAGAGCAAGAAAGACAAAGAGAGAAAGAACAGAGAGAAAAAGAAUCCAGGGAAAGAGAGCACAAAGAAAGAGAACAGAGAGAAAAAGAGAGAAAGGAAAGAGAGAAACCCUAUCGAGAGAAAGAAGACAAAGCGGAUUAUGCUGACCACAAGAAAACAAUGCCUACAUCUAACCACGUUUCUACCUCAAAGAGGACUGAAUCUCCAAGUGUGAGAAGUGGGGCUGUGAUGCACUGUUCAACAAAUCACAUCUCACCUUCUACCACGGCAAGCAGCUCGAUACCUCUAAACUUGGUCGUCCACGCUGGUAGUGAACCGCCAAAGAAGGAAACCGAGUUGUGGUUACCAUGGCAACAACCAGCGAAUCAGUACGUCAAAGAUAACAAUCAAGAAGCUGGAAACAAUCCCAAGCAUCCAGCUUUUCGAUCCCAGGAUAAUCAACGCCAUCAUCAUUCAUACCCCAAAGAGCCACAUCCAAACGAAAAAGUAAAUCUGCGAUUCAGCCCUUCCAUACUGAACGAAAAGAGACAAGUGAAUGUACCACCAUCUGAUGGUGAAACCAAAAAGCACACCAUUACCGAAACCAAAAAGUUUGACUCUAUACACCACCACAUCACUGAACUCUCCAACAAAGAUCACAGUGGCCAUGAAUGGAGGCACGAAAAAUUGCAAAAGGCGUGCACGAACAAUCACAGGAAGAGCCAUGAGUCUAAGAAAUCAAAAGAAGAGAGAAACAAUGUCUUUCAGAAUCAUCAACGAAAAGCCGUGAAUGGUGUUAUUCUUAAAACAAGUCCUUAUCAAAACGAAGGUAUGCAUGCCCGUCUGCUGGAAUCCGAGAAAUGCAGAAUGGAAAUGAAUGGCCACAUGUUACAAAAGCCUCACGUGGUGGGCAGUGUUAAUGAUAGACUUGUUCCACCAACAUAUAAGACUAAUUAUCUACCUAGUAAAGAUACUAGUCCUCAGAAGUUGUUUCCAGAUAGUUAUAAUGUCCCGGUGCUGAAAAGUAAUGUUGAUUUAACACCUGUUGUGAGCAAGCUGGACUUGGAAGCGAAAAACAUGGAAAAGAAUGAUUUAAAAUGCAUAGACGAUGAUGGGAAAGAAGAAUUGAGGUUAAAGAAUUUUCUCAUAAUUACAAAAGGGCCGCCUUUGAAAUUUGAUCCCAAUCCACAGAAAAUAAAAUUCCUGAAACUAUUGGGAUUGACGACUCAUUUUAAAAGAAAAAAAAUUGAAUUUGAUAUGUACCUGAAGAGGAGAAAAAUUCUUUUAGAAGAUUCUGAGAUUCCACCCCUUAGUUCUGUGGAUGAGGAUGAGAAAUCUGCUCUACCUUCUGUAAAUGAAAGCAGUCCCAAAAUGGAAUAUUUAGCAGAAAAGCUUAGAUCGGAAACAACUCCCGAAAAAUUAGAGUUUUUCUUGAAAAUUGGACUCACGCCUAUAACUUUGGUAAAAAAAGAAGAAAAAGAACGUAUCCGACGAAUUGUCGAAGAGGAGAAACUUCGACGUCAUUACCGAAUAUUAGCGAACGUCAAUCGAAAAACUUCCCCACGUCGAUUGUUUGUGCCAAAAAGUGAAGCUGCACAUAAACUCGACCACAUCAGGAAAAUGAAAGAGCGAAACUGUAUAGCUAAUGGUUGGUUAUCUAAAAGACCGCUUGAAGAAGAAGAGCAAAUGUAUGAUUCAAAUUUUUCAUUGCCUAGUCAAAUUUCUACACCGAAAACUGAGCAAGUGCCUUAUCCCGUUACUGCAGAAUCAAGCGACGUCGCGUUGCCACCUUCGAUAGAAGAUGCUCAGUCGCAUUCAUCAGUGAACAAGUCUUUCAACAAAUACUCCUUCAAAAGGGGGCACAGCUUGAAAAAUGAAUGGAGGUUUGCCGAACCGAAGCCACCCACCAAACACAAUCAUAUGCUGACGACCCAGUCUCAGAGUGGACUGAAUGAUUCUGCUACCAACAAUCGUACAGUUAGUUGCAAUUCAGUCAGCACACAAGUAGAUCUCACUGUCUUGGGAAGUGCUACUGAAAGCAAAUCUUUAGCAGUUCUCAAGAAUUCAUUCAAUUGGCCAGGGUUAGAAGCAAUCAUGGAAGCUUUUUAUAGGCAUCAGAAUGAACAAUCAAGUGAGAAAACUAUCUUAUCUGAACGAUGUCAUCAUUUGCGUCACUCUCAAGAAGAACUCAAAAGGGAAGCAGAUAGCCUCAGUAAACAGAUGUCUGAAUUACUCAAAUGCAAAAGAGAAUUAGAGGAAGAACGACUGAAGUACCAGCAUUCCAUUGACCGCUUAAAAAAGUGCCUUCAGUUGGGAAGGUAACAACGUGUAGUUAAUGUUCCGGAUACUGUUGGAAGCCAUCUUGUGCUCUUCUGAAAUACAGUAUUUGAUGGCAAUUCUUUGAAAAUUGUCGGUGAUGCCCCAGAAGGCAACAAAAAGUAUCUCGACCUCACCGAAUUGUAUAUGCAGAGACAUUCCGCAAAUUUUUAACCUAUUAUGCCUAGUCUGUAUUUUUGUUCCUUAUUGUUUUUUACAUACAUUUGUUUCCCUGAAAUUCAUGCAAUUGCAAGUAUGUCUAGGACCAAACAAAAACCCUUAUUCUAAAAGGGACCAUUUCAAAAGUAUUUUAACAUACAAGUAUAUUCUAGUGGUUUUAAACUAGUCUCGUUUCAUGACAGCUGAACGAACUUUUCACAGUUGACCCUUUGUAUAAAAUGUAUUAUUUCUGGUACAUAUUUAAGUGUCAUUUAUGUAAAGGAACACACUGUCAUGAAAUCUUUUUCCUUGUUGAUAUCAUCGUACAAUUUUGUGAUUUACCUUCAUGUUUUGCACAUUGAUACAUAUACUUGCGCUGUUAUAUUUAUAUUUUACUUUAUUUAGGUUAUAAGAAAUUAAAUGUGGUACAUUCAAAA